AUGAAAUUAUAUGGGAUAUGCAACAUCCUGAAGCUCGAAAACAUCUGCCAACGCUAUAGCACAAUAACCCUCUGCAAGAUGAAGAUAGAAGAUCAGUCUAGCCCCAAAGACGAGGAUAUCCUCAGCCAAACACAAGAUCCGUUGGAAAGAAGGAGAUUGCAAAACCGCCUUUCUCAAAGGAACCACCGUCGCAAGAUCAGGGAACGCAUUGCAAAGCUUCAAGAGCGCGUCAUCGCCAACGAACUGAGAGCUGCAGCUGCUCUCAACGGAUGGGACCAGGCAUAUAACCCUUCAAUGUUCCCAAGGCCUCAAUCAUCUUCGGAGAAUGAGCUCGGAUUUACCUCGCGAGACGUCUCCCCUUUCAUCCCAGACCAAUGUACUUCAUUCAUGCCAUCAUAUCCCCCGUUCUCGCAAUCAUGGCCAAAUGACCUAAACACAUUCCCACAACACGGUUAUCCUGGCGAUCUAUCCCAAUUUACCGGAGUCAGUGAAGCAAGUCCAAUAUCUCCUGUGACAACCACGCCAACACAACCAAACAAUGGCAUGUCAACACCCAGCUCUGGACUCGCUGGAGAUACAUAUCGGGAAAUGAUAGGUACCUCGGAGACCUUGACACCAGACUCCUUGCCUACAUCAUCGCCCAAUCAGCCGCUGUACUACGUUGCGACUGAAGAGGCAUUGCCGCAGAUCAUCCAGGUCAUCAACACCAUGUCUCCCCAAUACAAAGUGAUCGUUCUGGUUCCUCCCGAUUCUCCAGCGUCGGCUUCUAUGGCUUCGUUCCCUUCACAAACCACUCCCUACGGUGCUGGUCAUAACGGGUCGGACCAUGGCCCUGCAGCACAGCAGCCGAGCUCACAAAAUCUGGCUUGUCUAUGUUAUCCCCAGAAUAUUCACUCUGGACCUCCUGCUCACUCUGCUUCAAGACCAUGGAUGGGUUCAGGGUCAUAUGUGCAAAAUUGUCCUCUACACAAGACGGCAAAUCCAGUGCCCCCAAGGGGAGCUUUUCCUGUUAGGAUGGUGUGA